UUCCAGUAUUAUUGAUUCGACAGGAAUGACGGGAAAUGGCGCAGGAAUCGAUAGAAGGCGGUUUCGCUUGGAACGGUGCUGUUGGAGGGGCUACAAAUAUUUUCAUACUCUGAACAGCAAAAGAAGAUGGCAAUUGUGACCGAGGCGUGAUCAUCUUUAGAACUGCGCUCAAAGUGAGUUCACCAGUUUCGUGUACAUUAGUUUCAAAUUCACGGCGUCAGUGAAUAAAAUAGAAGUAUUGUAAGAGGUUUUAGUGAAUAUAAAUGAUAAAAAGAAAAGAUAACAUCAACAGUGCAUUAUUGCCUUAGUAGUGUAACAUUAUAACAUGGAAAGAAACAAUGUUGUUAAGACGUAAACAUGUUUUGGGCACGUUGCGGACUCGUAUUUAUUGUAAUUAAUCUACCUGGAUUUUUAAACAGUGUCAAUACAACGUAUAAAAGAGAGGCAGAUUACACUUUAGAUGAUUCGUUCUGGAAUGAUGAAACGCCUGCUGGUGAAGUUGAACGACUGCUCCGCAUGUAUCAACAAAAUGAAGAGCUAGUUAGAAAUAUUGGAGCACACUUCUAUCAAAUCAUUUAUCCAGUUCAAUUACGUCAUCACGAAAAAAUGGGAAUAUCCACAAGAGAAGCUGGUAUUCCUAGAUUUCCUCAAAAGGGUACUUAUGGCGAUGGGAGUUAUUCAAGUGGGAGAUCAAGAUCAAGGACAGGAAAACACUUUCACCGAACAUCUCUUCUGAUAAAAGCCUUCAAUCAUAAAUUUCGUUUGGAUCUGGAAUUGAAUACACAACUUUUGGCUCCUAAUUUAUUACAAAAGGAUUAUUUAGCUGACGGAGCUCAACAAGUUUCUAAGCAGGAAAUAGAACAUUGUUAUUACCACGGUACGGUCAAAGAUUAUCCAGGAGCUAGUGCAGCAUUUCACACAUGUAACGGUGUUAGUGGUGUAAUUCAUUUAGGAAAUGAAACUUUCGUCAUUCAUCCUUUUUAUGGAGGGGACAUGUCGCAGAAACAUCCACACGUUAUAUUUGAAGCCAGAACAAAAGCAAGUAAGGGUUGUGCAAAUUCUGGAAGCCUAGAAUGGGGUUCCAAAUCUCGUCGUCAAAAACAUGUCAUGGGCCUAACAGAUAUAAUAACAAAUCGAUACAAGAGAGAUGUUCGUGAAGUUGCAAAAUAUAUUGAAACGGCAAUUUUUAUCGACAAAGCUAUGUUCGACAAAAGAAAUGGCAGUACAAGAGCAGAAGUUGUACAUGAUAUCAUUCAAGUAGCAAAUAUAGCCGAUUUGUAUUUUCGCACGCUUAAUACGAGAGUAUCUGUUGUAUACAUCGAAACAUGGCAAGGAGGAAAUCAAAUAUUAAUCGACAAAAAUACAGACAUUAGCAGAGUUUUACUGAAUUUUAAUGAUUAUAAAACUAGAAACAGGUUCCAAAUUUCUCACGACACAGCACAACUACUCACGGUAAAAAAGGGCAAGGAUUUGCAUUACAUUACAGGUGAAAGUUUUUCCGGAGGAGAAUCUGGAAUUGCCGUACCUGAUACGAUGUGUAGUCAAAAAUCGGUUGGAAUUAGCGUUGACCUGAACUCUUAUGAACCUCAUCUUCUUGCCGGUACCAUGGCACACAUGAUUGGACAUAAUAUUGGCAUGUCACAUGAUGAUGGCAGAACCGAGUGUCGGUGUCAUGACUGGCAUGGAUGUAUAAUGGCUCAAUCAAUAGUUGGUUUGGAAAACGUACAGCCUUAUAAGUUUUCAGAAUGCAGUAAAUCAGAUUAUAUAGGUGCUUUUAAGGAUGGAAAGGAUGUUUGCCUACUGAAUAAACCAAAUGAGUUAGAAGUAAGAAGAUUAUGUGGAAACAGGGUGAUUGACGAAGGUGAGCAGUGUGAUUGUGGUACUAUUGAAGAAUGCCAAAACCUUGAUCCUUGCUGUGAUCCUAUUACUUGUAAAUUAACGAGGGAAGCGGAGUGUGCUUCUGGACCAUGCUGUAAAAAUUGUAGAUUGCAGCCAAGAGGAUCAAUAUGUCGGGAAGCAGCAAAUGAGUGCGAUUUACCAGAAGUCUGUACUGGCGAUGUGGGUCAUUGUCCUUUAGAUGUUUACAAAAAAAAUGGACAUAUUUGUGCAGACGGUGAAGGGGUUUGCUUUAAUGGAAUUUGUCCUGCCUUAAAUCUACAGUGUGAACAAAUAUGGGGUUAUGGAGGAGUUGCAGCUGAUAAGCAAUGUUUUGAGCAAUUCAAUUCUAAAGGAUCAAUCAAUGGUCACUGUGGAACUGAAGCAUCAGGACAUUUUGUCAAGUGUGAACCAGAGAAUGUCCGAUGUGGCUUAUUACAAUGUCAAGAAGGAAGUAAACAACCUGCAAUCGACGGUAUUGAUACUCAAUAUUCAAGAACAAUAAUAUCUAUCAAAGGCAAAGAAUACGAAUGCAAUUGUAGGAAGAAAACCUAUGUAGUAUUACUCGGACCAAUCGCUUUAGUGAACCAUGACUGUAAUGCUAAUUGUAGUUAUACAUCAAAUGUUGAAGGAAUCAUGUAUCUCAGUUCGAAAAGAAAAAUACAAAAAGGCGAAGAAAUCACCUGUGUUUACAGUAAUGAUUAUUUCGAAAGUAAUAAUUUACUUUGUGAAUGUAAGACAUGCAAUGAUGCAAAACAUUUACAUAAAAGACAAUUAAAACCGAUUCAGUAUCAAAAUCUAUCAACAUCAAACAUUAUUGCCAGAAAACUAAUUGAGUUCAAAACAUUGACAGAAAAAAUGUUACCGUCAGAAUUUCAUGGAAAAUGCCAACGAAAGACUAAUAAUAAUUUUGAAAAAGGGUUAGCUUAUGACAAUGAAUUUUAUAGAAUAUUUAUUGAAUUUUUAAAAAUUAAUAGAAUAAUCUCAGAAACGACUGAAGAACCCAAACUGCAAGUUGAUCAAAUUAAAAGCAUAGUACUUGGAAUUUACAAAAACUGGCAUAUUUCAAGCUAUAAAGCAGUGGAAAAAUUUGUAACAAAGUAUUUUGAAAUCAUCAAGGAAGAUAUCAAAGGUAAGCAUUUAGAAUAAUUAGAAUAGUCAAGUUAAAAAGCAAAAAAUUAAAACCGUUACGCAAAUGUUUUACAAUUUCCUUAUUUAUUUUACUUGAGAACUCUGCUUAAAUCAGCAUACAAAAAAUGAUAUAUUAUUACAUUAUUAAUAUAUCAAAGUAAAUAACUUAGAUUAAUUUAUAUUUCUUCAAAAUAAUUAUUCCAAAAUUUCAUUUGUUACCUUUUGAUUGGAAAUAAACUUUCUGUGAAACCAUUAAAAUAAUUUCAUCAAACUUGAAUAGUUACCUGUAAAAUAAUAUUUUCCACAAAGUAAGGAUUUCUUAAAAUUGAUAAUUAUUGUCCAUAAAUGUAGCAAUAAAUAUACUUAUCUGAAGAGCUUUUGUUCCAAUAUAUGAAAUUCUACAAAUAUUAUUUUCUUUUUUAAAGAGUUAUCAACUCAAGCCAUUGACUCACUCUAAUCAUAUUAUCAUAUUAAAUAUUUAGAAUAUACACAAAUUUUAUUUUCAAUGAUAUACUGUGUAUGUGUAUACGUCUUUAUCAAUGUUGUUUUUGUUACACUAACAGCUGUUUGAAAUCCUGUCUAUACAAUAAGAUCCCUUCCAUUGUUCUGAUUAGCUGAAUCCUUAAACACGGAGUUAAUCUAAGAUAAUCAGCCAAUUAUAUUUAUGCUACUAACUUCACGUACCACAACAAAACAAGGAAACAGAACACAGAACAACGGAACAGAAACCAUUGUAGACAGGCUCCUGCACCUUGUUCGAAAAUUUCGUCGAUCACUAUUUCGUUAAAAUUAGCUAUAAUACCUAAGAAUAAGACUAUUUGUCUUGAGAAUAUUAUUGCAAUAUCCGUUAUUGUAAGCCCUAAAAAGACAAUUAUUUUAAUAUGAUUUUUCUAUAAAGUUCUGCACGCACGUAAAUGAACACGACAGAUCAAGUAAAGACAUAUAAAGGAAGAGCGACAAACACGUGUGAAAAAGAGGCGCUUGUUCCACCAAAAUCCUCGCAGUACUUGUCAUUUUUUGUACGUGAAUUGGAUCAUAUAUUUAUUUAUAUAUACAAA